AUGGCGAACAACACUGGAGUAAUCUAUGUUUUAAUAUACGUCGAUAUAAUUUUGGCAAGUAACUCAGAUAGUUUAUUAGAGCAAUGUGAAUCCGCGCUUAAAACAGCUUAUAAAAUUGAAAAUCUCGGACAGAUUAAGAAUUAUCUCGGUAUGCACAUCAGAAAAAAUAGUGAUCAGAAUUAUUAUAUCAUUAAUCAGACAGCAUACAUAACACAAGUUGUAAAAGAUUUACAGUUACACAAGGCAAAAAUAUCUGAUAUAUCAUUGAGUACCGGAUAUGGAAACAGCGAAUCACCAUUGUUACCUAGGAAUGAGGAAUAUCGAAGGAUAAUUGGAUGUCUUUUAUACAUAUCUGUCAACACACGUCCCGAUAUCUCAGCAGCAGUAUCAAUAUUGGCGCAAAAGAUGACAAUGCCCAUUGAAGAGGAUUGGAACGAAAUAAAACGAAUUGUGAGAUACCUGAAGGGCACAGCAAGAACGGAAUUAAAACUUGGGAGUGACAUGAAUGAGCAACAGUUGCGUGCCUAUACUGAUGCCAAUUGGGCUGGAGACAGCCACUCACGGCGGUCGAACACAGGCUACGUCAUCAUGUUUGGAUUGGGAGCGAUUAGUUGGACCAGUAAGCGGCAAUCGUGCGUGGCACUCCCUUCAACUGAAGCCGAAUUUAUUGCGCUGUGCGAAGGAUGUCAGGAGUUGUCAUGGAUACGCAGAAUUCUGAAUGACUUCGGAAUGACAUUCACGCAACCGACCAUUAUAUACGAAGAUAACUAA